CGAAAGGAGCUAUGUCAGCAGCGAAUUGGACACGUCGCUUGCCUUCUAGCAUAAUAACUUGACUCCAAAAGUCCAGUUACGUCAAAACGACCAAAGUCCCGGAAGACAGAAGUGCAGCACCAACUGAAUUUCGUUCUGAACAAAGAGAAAGAGAAUCGGAGAAUGGGAAAGGAGAUUGCUUUGCCUAUGGUGGGCAUGGUAAUGGCAGAGUGUGCUCAAGUUGGACUAAUGAUAAUGGGCAAAGCAGCCAUGUCCCAUGGGAUGUCCAACAUCAUCUUUGUCUUUUAUUCUAAUGCUCUUGCCUCUCUCAUUCUCCUCCCUUCUUCUUUUCUCUUCCACAGAUCAGGGCGUCCUCCACUCUCUUCCUCUAUUCUCUGUUGGUUUUUCUUGCUUGGCCUUCUUGGUUGCUUUGCCCAGAUUUUUGGGUAUGCUGGGAUAUAUUAUAGCUCGCCUACUCUUGCGACUGCCAUGCUUAACCUCAUCCCAGGUCUCACCUUCAUACUUGCCGUUGCUUUCAGGAUGGAAAAACUGCAUUUGAGAAGUAGCAGUAGCCAAGUUAAAUCACUGGGAACAAUAGUGUCAAUUGUUGGGGCAUUCAUUGUGACUUUCUAUAAAGGCCCCUCACUUUUGAUGGCACCCUCACAUUCAAGCUCACCUCAUCAACUUCUCAUGCAGCAGUCUAAUUGGGUCAUUGGAGGAUUUCUCCUUGCUGCUGAUUGCGUGUUUGCUUCUGCCUGGAUUAUUGUACAGGCAUCAGUCCUUAAGAAAUUCCCAGCUGAGCUUAUUGUUGUCUUCUACUAUUGCUUCUUUGUGACCCUUCAGUCAGGAAUAGUCUGUUUGGUUAUGGAAAGAGAUCUGAGUGCAUGGAGCUUUAAACCUUAUGUGAGAUUGGUUGCUGUUUUAUACUCAGCUGUGUUUGGUUCUGCCUUCCAACUUGGGGUUUCUACCUGGUGCCUGCAUAGGACAGGGCCUGUUUUUGUUGCCAUGUUCAAGCCUUUGGGAAUUGUCAUUUCAGUUGUCAUGGGUGUUAUCUUCUUAGGGGAUGCAUUCUAUCUUGGAAGUUUAGUUGGAGCAAUUGUCAUUGUUGCUGGGUUUUACUCGGUGAUGUGGGGAAAAGCGAAAGAAGCAAAGGUAGAUGAGCAUACUCUGGCGAUGACAUUGGAAUCAAGCAGUCAAAAUGUUGCUCUCUUGUCAAAUAAUACUGGAGAAACAUAGGAGUUUUUGAACAGUCAACAAAACAGGUCAGGAGACAAUAUAUAAGGUUAUUUCAAAUAAUAUCGGGCACCUCCAGAGUAUGAGAAGACAACUUUAGUACAUUGCUUUUAUCCUUUCAAACCAUUGAAGCACACUUUUUAUUCUUUCAUAUUUUGAAUAAUAAUUUAUCUGUCGACGAGUUGAUAGUCUGUAUGAUUUCCUUUUCUUUUUUAGCUUUUCUCUCCUAGUAUGAGUUGUGCAAAUCCUUGAGAAUUUGCCCAUAUGUCAUUUUUGACGUAUUAGUUAGUAUUAUAAUUGUUUAGCCUGCACCUGAAGGGAGGAAAAAGUCUAAUAGAAACAAUGUGACUGGAUAAACAUUUCUUUUGGUGUAAUACUGGGUGAUGGAUAUGGGAGGCACGAAUAUGGAUGUGAGCAUUGCGUAGAAGUUCAGUCGUAAUUAGGACUUACCAGGGUUGUGCAGAAAAUACUAAUCUUGCAUAAACACAUUAGGGGAAGUGCACUGCAUCUUAAAACCACCCAUUUGUUACUAUUUCUCUCUUCUUCCAAUAACUAGGUAAUAAAUUGCAAUUACAGCACUCGGUUGAUUAGGGAGACGAAGAAAUUUUCAGUGUUUGUGAUGUAUGGCGGACUGGAAAUGGAUUAGCUAGCCUCUCUGCACAUAUAAAAUAAUGAUGA